CGAUUAUAACACACAACACACAAGUUGUUAACAGACCAAGGGGGGGUUCUCCUUGUGCAGGCGGAAUGGUUCCAGCGACAGAAUGGUGGCUUCGUGCGUACAAUCAUAUAGCACAGCCCAUGAUGUGAGCCAUUUGUGCCGCUUUCCCGGGUGCGGCGCAGAGUUCUCGACUCUGACUGAGCUGGCAUGUCAUUUAGGGACACACACGGGCGAGCGUCUGUAUGUGUGUGACUGGCCGGGUUGUUACAAAGAGUUUUCAAGCCGUGCUUACUUUAUGGUCCACAAACGCUACCACGGAAACGACCGCCCUUAUAUCUGUAACAUUCCUGGGUGUGGCAGCAGGUUUACCAACUUGUCGCAUCUCAAGCGGCACCAGGCAACACAUACGGGCAGUCUCUCUCACAUGUGUGACUACGACGGUUGCGGCCAUGCAUUUGCACAUCUCUCCGACCUCAUAAAGCACAAGAACACACACACAGGCGAACGCCCUUACCAAUGUGACUAUUCUGACUGCGGGAAAGCCUUCGCUCAGUCCAGCACACUGAACAGACACAAACGUACGCACGAAGUAGGGUCCGUCUAUGCGUGUGAUUGGCCGGGGUGUGAUAAGAGCUUCAAGCGCGUAAGCCAUCUGGCUUUGCACAAGCGUGCACACUCGGGCCAUCGUGUGUUCACCUGCACACACGAAAAAUGUAAUGCUGUAUUCAGCACUUCAAGUAAUUUAACGAGGCAUAUGCUCAAGCACACGGACACAAACGCACAGUGACCAUAC